AUCACAAAACACGUUACAGCAGAAGGAAGAAGGGGGGGGAGGUCAAGUUUUUACCUCAGCUCUUAGUAUGGUGUGAUGCAAAAUGUCCAGACAUAAUUUUAAACAUUUAAGGACAAAUCACCCACGUGCAAUGUGCAUAUUUCUGCAUAAUUAAUGCGACCUCCAAUAGAAUCAAAUAUAUAUUUUGUAAUGAAAUUGAGUUUUUUUUUUUAGUUUAAACAAUGACAUGUUGGUCUAUUUCCACUUGGUUUAACGAUUUCCUAUAUUACACCAUGACGCUGUUCCACUACCUGACGACAGUGGCGCGGUGGGAUUUAGCCCUCGCUUCAUCUCUGCUUAAACAGCAUGAUGCAGCAGCGCUUUAGUCCUUUAAAUCUCUUCAUCUGUACACUCUACUAAAACAGAUCAGUUUCCAAAGCUUCAGCUUUGUGCUGAAACAGUCGACGGCAUCGCACUCGACCGUCGUCUCGUAGAUUGCUAACUAGCCGAGCCGUCUGCUUUGUAUAGCUGCACUGCAUCCUGGCACGCUGAGAGCAACACUUGCGCUACUUCUAUGAUAGAUUUAAAAAAAAAAAAAGUUUCCCAUUAAUAUAAACGUGGCUGGAAAAUGGUGAGGGAGAGGAGAAGUUCUUGUUCUUUGUAACCGUGCUAGCCGCGUCCCCCUGUGACCACACAACUGUUAACUGGAAUAAUAAAAAUAAUACAUUGACAACCAACAGAUUAGUGCAGGAUUACUAUUUCAUCCAUCCAUCUAUUUUCUAUACCGCUACAUAUCCUACACGGGGGAACCUGGAGGCUAUCCUAGGGAACUCGGGGCACAAGGCGGGGAACUGGGGGAUCACGCAGGACACAGUCGCACACACCCACUCACACACUACAGACCAUUCGGAAACGCUGAUCAGACUGCAACGCUUGUCUUUGGACUGGUGGAGGAAACCGGAGUACCCGGAGGAAACCCCUGGAGCACGGAGAGAUCACGCAAGCUCCGCACACACAGAGCGCAGGCGUGAUUCGAAUCCCCCUCCCUGGAGGCAAAUGACUAACACUAAACCACACGUAUUUCAUCCUAAACAUAUUCCAUGUGUUUCAGGGUGGAGUUUUAACUUUAAUACCUAACCUAAUGUUUUCAUAUAAACCAGUCUCAUAUGGAUAAUACAUAUGAGUCACUGAGGUAACUAAUUCUAAAGGGAGCACAUUUUUGCUUGUUUAUCUAACAUCUUGAACUGGGCCUUGGUGUUUUUGUGUGUGUGCGUUGUUUUUUUUUUGUUUGUUUUUUUUUUUUUUGUUUUUAAUGAACCUCUUUCCCCUUUUUUUGCAGUGUCACAUGCAUGGUCAUGUGAUCAUUCCAAACCUGGACGACGUCCCAAACCGCACACUGAACAACGCUAGUGCACGAUGCUAAUGAUAAAUACGGAUACUCAGAGCAGUAAUAUGCACACGACUAUCGGUCGCAUGAGAAAAGCGUGCUAAUUAAGCACGUGAGGCCGCGGUCAAGACGAAGCCAUGGUUACCGUCAAAGUAGUCACGUGGUGUAGGUGGCGUCAUUUUAUUAUUUUUUUUUCUGUUUUCCCCCACUCCCCAUACUAUUUAGCAUAGUAGCUAGCGGAUUGGGACGCACACAAACUGCAGACAGGAAGAGCGGAUACUGUUAAUAAAACUGCUAGCUGUAGACAGGAUAAAUACAACAAACAAAGUUUUUCCCCCCGUUAGUCGGUGAAACGAGUGAAAGCGCGGUGAAGCUCUCUUCAUAUUGAGUUCCUGUCUUCGGGUCUGCAGCUUCUUUGUGCUCCUUGUUUUUGAAGAAGAGUUGUACAGGUCAUGGCGGGAGAACGGAGUCAUCUCCUGCCACAUGGAGCAUACAGCGUGUUGGGGGAGAGUACAGACUCCAGGAAGGGGUCCACGUCCGGGGACGACGCUUCCAAAGCCAAUCCCCGCAAACUCAACACCUUCUUUGGGGUGAUGGUGCCCACCAUCCUGUCCAUGUUCAGUAUCGUCCUCUUCCUGCGCACAGGUUUUGUCAUUGGUCAUGCUGGUCUUCUCCAAGGACUUCUCAUGUUGGCUGUCGCAUAUUUCAUCAUCUCCUUGACCGUCCUGUCUAUCUGUGCCAUCUCUACUAAUGGGGCAGUGCAGGGGGGCGGAGCUUACUACAUGAUCAGUCGUUCUCUGGGUCCGGAGUUUGGAGGCAGCAUCGGCCUCAUGUUCUACCUGGCGAAGGUGUGCGCGUGCGGCGUGUACGUGCUCGGGCUGGUGGAGGCCAUACUGAACGUUUUUGGACAGGAUCCAGUGGCCGGGGUGCCGGAGGGCGUGCGUGUCCUGCCUCAAGGUUACUGGUUCUCGGUGCUCUACUCCUCUGUGCUGCUGCUGCUCUGUUUGGUCAUUUGUCUGGUCGGCGCUCACAUCUACGCCAAAGCCUCCUUCCUCAUCCUGGUGGUGGUGACGUUGGCCGUGCUGUCCAUCCUCAUCAGCCCGCUAGUUAUCGGGUCGCGAAACUUCAGCUUCACGCACACGCUCGGGCGGAACAACACGGUCACGUACAACGCCAGCUACACAGGCUUCAACAGAAGCACACUCGUCAGCAACUUGUUUUCGGGCUACUCUUUAGACUACAGUACAAACAGGGUGAUGUCAUUUUCCACGGUCUUUGCUGUGAUGUUCACCAGCUGCACUGGCAUCAUGGCAGGAGCCAAUAUGUCGGGUGAGCUGAAGAACCCCAGUGUAGCCAUUCCAAAAGGCACCAUCAUGGCUUUGCUGUACACCUUCACCGUCUACCUACUCCUCUUCUUCCUGGUCAGCUCCACCUGUGACAGGGUGUUGCUGAUUAAUGACUUUGCCGUAUUCCAGCAAAUAAACGUGUGGCCUCCGUUUGUAAUCAUCGGCGUGUACUGUGCCUCACUAUCUGCAGCCAUGUGCUCACUCAUUGGAGCGUCACGCAUCCUACAUGCCCUUGCAAUUGACCGGCUCUUCGGUUUGCCCCUGGCCCCUGCUGCCAUCACUUCUCGCUCGGGAAACCCUUGGGUCUCUGUACUGUACACCUGGGCACUGGUGCAGUGCACAGUGUUUGCAGGUCAGCUGAAUGUGAUCGCAGGUUUGGUGACCGUCUUCUAUCUGCUGUCCUAUGCUGCAGUAGAUCUGGCCUGUCUGGCUUUGGAGUGGGCGUCUGCUCCCAAUUUCAGGCCUACGUUUCAGUGCUUCUCUUGGCACACGUGCCUGUUGGGCCUGGUCAGCUGUCUGGUGAUGAUGUUUGUGAUCAAUCCAGUGUACUCAUCAGCCAGUAUCGUGGUGUUACUGCUGCUGCUGCUCUUCCUGCACUAUCGAUCACCCACAAGCAGCUGGGGCUACAUCAGUCAGGCGCUCAUCUUCCAUCAGGUGCGGAAGUAUUUGCUGAUGCUGGACUCGAGGAAGGACCACGUGAAGUUCUGGAGGCCACAGGUGCUGCUGAUGGUGGCCAACCCUCGCUCUUCCAGCCAGCUCAUCUGCUUCGUCAACCAGCUAAAAAAAGGAGGCCUGUUUGUGCUGGGCCAUGUGCAGAUCGGAGACCUGGAUGUCAUGCCAACAGACCCUGUGCAGCAGCAGUAUAAUUUCUGGUUGAGUCUGGUGGAUAAGCUGGGUGUUAAAGCAUUUGUAGAUCUGACCCUUUCUCCUUCAGUCAGGCAGGGCACCCAGCACCUACUGCGCAUCACUGGAUUGGGAGGAAUGAAGCCAAACACACUAGUUCUGGGGUUCUACGACAACUGUUACCCAGAGGACUAUUUCCUUCAGGAUCCUACAUUCUGUAGGGGUGCAGUGGAUGGUGCCGGUUUUAUCGGAGAUGAGGGGGACAAUUUUGGCGUGGACCUCCCGUCCCUACAGGCCCACUUCCCACCUGUGCGUCAUGCAGAGAGCCCCCGCUGGCUUCAGCCAGAUGAGUACGUUGGCAUCAUCUCUGAUGCCAUCAAAAUGGGCAAGAACGUGUGCCUGGGCCGCUACUUCUUCCAGUUGCCACCUGAAAGCAAAGGAAAAGGCGCUACGUCGACCAAACACGGAGGUCCCGCUGCUGAGACGAUUGACGUGUGGCCAUCUAACCUGCUAAGUGCUGGUGCAAAUCAAAGCUACGCUGAUGUUUGCAGCCUCUUCCUGCUGCAGAUGGCUUGCGUUUUAAACAUGGCUGCCAUGUGGCGCCGUGCACGUCUGCGCAUCUUCCUCUGUGUGGAGUCGGAAUCUGGAGACCAGGGCUGGCUGGCCAAAGAGGAGCGCUUCAGGGAGCUGCUAGGGAAGCUGAGGAUCCGCGCCACUAUUAAGAUCGUGUCGUGGGAUCCUGUGGUGCAGCUGAUGCGAGGAAACGACAGGAUUGUGCCCCCUGUUGUGACGGAGGAGUUCCUGUGCGCGGUCAACAGGCUCCUGAAAGAACACAGCACUUCCGCCGCAGUGCGCUUCCUCUAUUUGCCCCGCCCGCCCACCGAUUCCAGGCAAUCGCAGCAGUACCUUGCACAGUUGGAUACCCUCACUCAAGGACUUGGUCCCACUCUUCUGAUUCAUGGUCUGACCCCUGUUACAUGUACUGAGCUUUGA